UAUUGUAUUUUUUAGAAUUUAGAUUAGGAAUAAUUGGAAGAUUAUUAUUAGUUAUUUGUGUAUUAGUGGGGGUGGCUUUUUUAACUUUAUUAGAACAAAAAGUUUUAGGAUAUAUUCAAAUUCGAAAAGGUCCUAAUAAAGUAGGCUUUAUUGGAUUAUUACAACCAUUUAGUGAUGCUGUAAAAUUGUUUACUAAAGAAAUUACUUAUCCUUUAUUAUCAAAUUAUAUUUUUUAUUAUUUUUCUCCAAUUUUUUCUUUAUUUUUAUCUUUAUUGAUUUGAAUGAGAAUACCUUAUUUAAUUAAAUUAUAUUCUUUUAAUUUAGGUGUUUUAUUUUUUUUGUGUGUGAUUAGAAUGGGGGUAUACACAGUUAUAGUAGCAGGGUGAUCAUCUAAUUCAAAUUAUGCAUUAUUAGGAGGUUUACGUGCAGUUGCUCAGACUAUUUCUUAUGAAGUUAGUUUAGUUUUAAUUUUAUUAAGUUUUAUUUUUUUAAUUGGUAAUUAUAAUUUAUUAAAUUUUUAUGAGUUUCAGUUAUAUAUAUGAUUUAUUGUAUUUUGUUUUCCUUUAUCAUUAGUAUGAUUUGCUUCUUGUUUAGCAGAAACUAAUCGAACUCCUUUUGAUUUUGCUGAAGGGGAGUCAGAAUUAGUUUCUGGAUUUAAUGUUGAAUAUAGAAGAGGAGGUUUUGCUUUAAUUUUUUUGGCAGAAUAUUCAAGAAUUUUAUUUAUAAGAAUAUUAUUUAGAGUAAUUUUUUUAGGGAGAGAUAUUUAUAAUUUUAUUUUUUUUUUAAAAAUUACAAUUAUUUCAUUUUUAUUUAUUUGAGUUCGGGGGACUUUACCUCGAUUUCGGUAUGAUAAAUUAAUAUAUUUAGCUUGAAAGAGAUUUUUACCUAUGUCUUUAAAUUAUUUAUUUUUUUUUAUUGGUGUAAAAAUUUUUAUUUUAUUUUUAUUAUUUUAAUGAAUUUAUUUUAGUACAAAAUUAAUAGAAGAUUUUACUUCUUUCUUAUGUUUUCAAGACAUAAACUAUAAAAGCUUAUUAAUUAAUUUAAAAGUUUAUCUCAAUAUUUUGUUAAUAAAGGAUUAAUAAUAAAAUAAAAAAAAUAAAGAAUUGUUAAAAUUUGUCCUGUUAAUACAUAAGGAUCUUCUACAGGUCGGGCUCCAAUUCAAGUUAAUAAAGUACAAAUAAUUACUAUAUUUCAAAAUAAAAUUUGAUUUAAAGGAUAAAAUUGAAGUCCUCGAAAUUUACUUAUAUGUGUAAAAGGAAGAAUUAUUAAAAUAGCAAUAGAUAAAAUUAAUGCAAUUACUCCUCCUAAUUUAUUAGGAAUAGAUCGAAGAAUUGCAUAUGCAAAUAAAAAAUAUCAUUCAGGUUGAAUAUGAACAGGAGUAAUUAAUGGAUUGGCAGGGAUAAAAUUUUCUGGGUCUAUUAAUAAAUAAUUAAAUUUUCAAAUAAAAGUAAUUAAAAUUCAAAUAAAAAUAAUAAAUCCAAUUAAGUCUUUAUAAAUAAAAUAGGGGUGAAAAGGAAUUUUAUCAAUAUUUCUAUUUAAUCCUAAAGGAUUAUUUGAUCCUGUUUGAUGUAGAAAUAAUAAGUGAAUUAUAGUUAAUGCUAAAAUAAUAAAAGGUAAAAUAAAAUGAAAAGUAAAAAAUCGUGUUAAUGUUGCAUUAUCAACUGCAAAUCCUCCUCAAAUUCAUUGUACUAAAUCAUUUCCUAAAUAAGGUACUGCUGAUAAUAAGUUAGUAAUAACUGUUGCUCCUCAAAAAGAUAUUUGUCCUCAUGGUAAAACAUAACCUAAAAAUCCUGUUGCUAUUGUUAUAAAUAAAAUAAUUACUCCAAUUAUUCAUGUAGGAAUAAAUAAAAAAGAAUUAUAAUAAACUCCUCGUCCUACAUGAAUAAAUAAACAAGCAAAAAAAAAA